CAGACCAGUUUCUACAGCGAGAGCGGCGCAGCGCCCGUGUGACUCAGCACGAAGCCACAGCUGUCGCAGGCAAAAAAGUAUUUUAAAAUUCAACGCUCUCCACUCCGCUAAGAACAAACAACACUGCCAGGAAGCAAGAAAAAGCAAACGUGGAUUUAAAGAGAAGAGCUGAUAGAUUUUAUUUCUCCUCUCUGUGUUUCUCUUCCUCCUUCCUGUCUCUCUUUGUUUUUUUCCUCCUGCAGUACUCUCUCUUGUAGAGGGGGAAGAUUACAGCAGCACUCAAGAGGAAGCACUAGGAAUUUAAAAAAAGCACACAAGAAAAAAAAAAAGGAGAGAUAGAGAGACAGACACGCAACCACCGGCUGCCUUUGUCGUUUCUGCCUUCACCAGUCCCCGUCCGUGUUACCUCCUGCGGGAUCCGGAACCUCCGGAGCCAGGAAUCUAAUGCCCGUGGAGGAUGAGUCCAGCGAUCGAGGCGAUGCAGCAGGCAGAACAGCAGCAUUAUCUGGGCAAAGGGGUUCUGCUUGAACCCUUCGUGCACCAGGUGGGGGGCCAUUCGUGUGUGCUCCGUUUCGGGGAGCAGACUAUCUGCAAACCCCUCAUCCCCCGUGAACACCAGUUCUACAAGAGCCUUCCCGCAGCCAUGCGGAAGUUCACCCCGCAAUACCGAGGUGAGGUUUCUGUGAGUUUUGAAGAAGACGAGGAGGGAAACCUGUGUCUCAUCGCAUACCCCCUGCACAGCGAGGUGAGCGACCUGGAGAACGUGGCCCCUUCCGUCGACCUGGAGCCCAAGAACAAAAUCAAGUGGGCCAACAAGAUGCUACUAGACAAUGACGGCUACGGCAAGGACCGGGCCAGGAACUCGCGCAAGGACAAAGACAAGAGGAGUAGAAACAACCUCCAUAUGACUCAUUACCUCUGUCCCGUCACACCACUCACAGCCCUGGGCAAACUCUGCUUGCGUCAGCAGGAGUGUGAAAGGACGGGCGAGGAUGAGGAGGAGGAAGAGGAGGAGGAGGAGGAGGACGAAGAAGAAGAGGAGGCGGUGGAGGAAGGGGCGUUCGGGUUCCCCCGCAGCGGGGCUGUGGCCGGGGGAGGUAGCAGCAGCAGCAGCGGCAGCUGUAACGGCAGCAGCGAGGUCAGCCUGAACGGGGGCAGCAGUAACGGCAGCACUAGCAGUAGCAGCAGCGCCGGUGGCAGUGGCGGCAGUUCGGCGGUGACUCGUCGGGUGGCGCGGGGCUUGCAGGAGCCCAAUGUGGACGUGCGCAUGAUUGACUUUGCCCACACCACGUGUCGGCACUACGGCGAGGACAGUGUGGUGCAUGAGGGUCAGGACAGUGGCUACAUUUUUGGCCUGCAGAACCUCAUCACCAUCAUCUCCCAGCUGGAGGACCACGGCACAGAUUGAGCUGCUGCUCAAACACAAACAAACACACACACACAUACACAUGAAAUACACACGCGUGCACACACAAUUGUGUACACUAGUGCAGUGUGUUUUCGGCGAAGCACUUCGUCCUGAAGCCCUGAUGCCCUUUGCGACGCAGCGAGGGUGGGUUAGAGGAUGUCCGAAGGCUCGUAUCUUUCCUCCAGCCACGUGACUGGGACCUGCAGUGGCCACUAUUGCACACUGGCCACUCGUGUCUUUCUGUUGGUGUUUCUUUCGCUGUUUUUUUUUUCUUUUCUCAAGACUUGUGUUAGAGGAUAUAAAAAGGGUCGAUGUUGGUAACACUGAAGCAGUAUCUGUUAUUUUCUGUUUACUUGACUCAGUGAAGUACUUCCCCCUCCCACUCCCCUACUCACCCUGUUACUGUUACAAGUUCCCCCUUCCUCACUGGUGUUUUUACUGAAAACAGAAGCCGAAGAAGAAAACAAUCCAACAGUUCAAAGCAAAACAACACACACACACAACCUUUCAUAAAGACUGAUGUAACCGGUGGUUCCCAGACCCAUUCCAGAAGAUUCUACUAGGAUUUCAAACUGAGACUUUGCUUGCAUUAAUUUCACCUCCAGCUGUGCCUCUGAAGGGAGAGGAGCGGUCAGCUGGGUGCGUGAGAGGGAAUUAUGCAGUGUGGCCGACAGCACAUUUCCCAUGGGAAGAAGCGCCCAUUCUAUUCAGAUAGUUACUAGAGACGUGCAGAGAGACUAUAUAGAUCUUUUUAUUUAUUUGACAUAUUUCUUAAAUAAACUAAAAAAAAUGAACACAAAAAACAUGAAUGGAGAUUGAGAGACUACAUUCCAUCUUAUUAAUGUUAUAAUAAUAAUAUAAAUUAAUAUUGUUAUUUGACAUGUUGAGAUACCUCUAUCUUAUACUGUAUAUCUGUGUUCGAAUGGAAAAGUAAUAAUAAACAGCAUUUGUGUUA